AAGCUGAUGCAGGAAAAAGGUCAGCGUAAAAAUGUUCCUUCCCUCCAUAACUGGGAAGAAUCUACCAAUAUUUCUUGCUGCCAUUCUGCUGUUCACAUCCGACCUGGGGCAAUUGUCCAUGCUUAGGCAGGGUCACCCAGGCUAAGAUGCAGAGUGCUACAAUGUGCUAAACGCUAGACAAAAGCACUUUGCUGGGCGUGAUUUAUUGUAGCAACAGGCCUUGGCAACAGCUUAAGUCCAUAGUGAUGGUUUCUGUGAAAAACAGGAGACUGAGCUCCCUGUUCUGCUUCCAAAGAAGCACUUGUCACAACAUGGGUUGCAGCACUUCCAGCAGGGCAAUUGUCAAGGAACCAUCAUCCAAGAAUCCGCAUCAGAGCAGAGAAGUCAAAAAGCAGGCUGAAAAUGAUCCACUUACUGGAACAGUUAACAGUGUCUCUCAAGGUGGGUCAAUUGCUGAAGAUUAUUCUGGUGAAGGAAGGCUGCCAGACAGCAGUACGGAAAAGCUACCACCAGCUAAUGAACAAAAUACAGACAUCAGAGGUGGACUUUCCAAGAAACCGGUGAGCUUAACAGAAAGAGAAAGGCAGACAUCAUCAGACAUAUUGGAGGAGCUUCGGAUGCAAGGAAUAAUCAAGACCUCAAGUGCAAACUCUAAUAACAGAGCAGCAGAUGAUAUCAUGUUGAUAGAUACAGGAAAUCCACCAAAGAAACCACCAGCCAAACUGGAAAAGCUCGAAAUCAAAAGGACACAUAAUUUAGCAAUAGAGGACUCUGAAAACAAACAAACAAGAGAAGAGCAACUGAAAAAGGAAUUGCUGACUGACAGACCAUCACCACUAACCUCCCAUGAAAGCAGAAGUACAGGGAGUGACAUAGACUGUUCAGCUUCUGAAGUUGAAAAAACUUCUAAUACUUUUCAGUUGCUUUCCUUAAAUCUGGGUUCAGGAAGCUGGAUAGAGAAAAAAGAUUGGGAUGAUAAUGUCAAUGGCAAUUUUGAAGGUUUUAGUAUGGUGGAAUCAGAUACCACUUAUAAUACAGUAAAUGAAGCAUUUUGAUCAGUACAAUUUCUUUCAAACAUAUUGAGCUAUAGAAGUUAAAUAUCUAGGUUUUCACCUGCAUUAAAAUAAAUGUACUAAAAACCAAACAAAAACAUUUGA